GUGUCGCUGUGGCGCGCAGCUUGUAUUCGCGCGCCGAUGGAAUAAAACCGCAGAAGAAGACGCGCUGCAGCUGUUCAUCACAGGCGUGUGUGUGAAAGUGUCUACAGUUGUUUUCAGGCUUUACACACACUGACAUCUGCCAAGUUUUCAGUGUGGAGUUGGUGCAGCUGCAGUGAUGUCCAAGCAGAGCACGUUCACCGCCGCUCUGGCCACUAUGCUGGGAGCCACUCUCGGUGGGCUGUUCCUGUGGCGGAGCCUCCGAGCGCAGAAGAAGAAGAAAACUCUCUCCAGCGCCACACCCACUGAGCCUAUACUAGCCCAGAGAGAUGCCGCCGUCCAGCCCUCGCAGGAGCCAUCAGCACCGCCAGUAUCCAAGAAUCCCCUGCGGGCGCACACGCUGCUGGAGGAGCUGCCAGUGGUCAUCAGCUCUCCUCAGGACUGGGACAAUCUCUGGCCGGCUCUACAGAAGGAUCUGUCCAUGUAUCCAGUGCUGGGCCUGGACUGUGAAUGGGUAAAAAGAGUUCGUGUGUCAGUGAAGGGCCGUGUGUCUGCGGUGUCUCUGCUGCAGCUCUCCUCAUUCUCGGGCCGCUGUGUGCUGGUCCGCCUGCUGGCGUUUCGGGAUGCGCCGCUGCCUAAAUCUCUGGUGGGGCUGCUCCGGGACCCACGGGUGCUGAAGGUCGGUGUGGGCUGUUAUGAGGACGGCAAACGUCUGGCGCAAGACCACGGUCUGACUCUGAGCUGCACUGUAGACCUGCGAUAUCUAGCCCUCAGACGGAGUAAGCAAGCUGUGCUGAAUAACGGCCUGAGUCUGAAGUCUCUGGCUGAAGACCUGCUGAACGUCACGCUGGACAAAUCAGUGGAGCUGCGCUGCAGUGACUGGGAGGCGGAAGAGCUGAGCCCUGAACAGAUAACGUAUGCAGCCCGUGACGCCCAGAUCUCCAUUGCACUGUUUUUCCACCUACUGGGCAUGAAGACAGAGCGCCACCUGCCUGCGGAGGGUGAAUCGGUGUUUCUCCACCUGUCCGCGUGCUGUCAGGGGCUGGUGGACGUGCCCUUCAGGGGGCGCUGUGGAGGAGACGGGGAAGAGGGUGAGAGACGGCGGAGGAGUCGAAAAUCCACUGUGGACAGUCCCGAGUCUGGAGACCAGCAAGUUCCAGACCCACGGCGCAACAAACGCAAACCACUGGGAGUCGGGUACUCGGCCAGGAAAUCUCCUCUUUAUGAUAACUGUUUUCUUCAUGCUCCUGACGGUCAGCCUCUCUGCACAUGUGACAAGAAGAAAGCUAAAUGGUACCUGGAAAAGGGUAUAGGAGAAUUAGUCAGUGAAGAUCCCUUCAUCGUCCGGCUGCUGUUUGAGCCAUCCGGCCGGCCAGACUCGGAGAAAGACUACUACCUCACCGCCAAAGAGAACCUCUGUGUGGUGUGCGGGAAAGUGGAGUCCUACAUCAGAAAAAACAUCGUCCCACACGAGUACCGCCGGCACUUCCCAUCGGAGAUGAAGGACCACAACUCUCACGAUAUCCUGCUGCUGUGCACGGCAUGUCACGCGGCCUCAAACGUGCACGAUGGCGCGCUGAAGGCGGAGCUGGCGGAGGAGCACGCGGCGCCACAGGGCUGUGAAGAGGGUGUGCGGCUGCUGGAGGAUGCAGACCGCCGACGGGUGCGCUCGGCCGCACGCGCGCUCCUCAGCGCCAGCGACGGCAUGCCCACAGCUAGAAAAGAGGAGCUGCUGUCCCUCAUUCAGAGCUGCUUCUGCAACGGCCAGCAGGUCACGCAGGAGGUGCUUCAGGACGCGGCGGCGCUGGAAACCAGGAUCAGUAAUGAGAGUUACGUGCCACAUGGACUGAAGGUGGUGCAGGCGUAUGCUGAGCAGGGUCUCCGGGGCCUGAUGGAGCUGGAGUGCCGCUGGCGACAGCACUUUCUGACCAGCAUGCAGCCCCGACAUCUGCCCCCGCUCUGGUGCGUCAACCACAACCAUGACAAAUAUCUGCGCAAGUACGGUGAGGAUCUGAAAAUCCUGCUCAACUGAGCGCUUCACCACACAAUCAGAAAGAGACUUUGUGCUACAGCUGCUGGGAAAGGAUGGUUUCCACUAUAUGUGUGUAACACUUUGGUGUCCUUGUCCUAAAUCGUUUGAGUGUGUACUAGAGACAGACUCGCCCUGCUGUUUGGGGGGAAAAAAAAAGACUAGACUGUGGCCCCAGUUGAUCUGGGCUCUAAGGGACCCAAUGGAGAUUGGGUAAGAGACUAUUUUGGGGAUCAGAAGCCACUGUGGUGAACGGCAGAACCUUAAACUCAAGGAUGUGCACAGAGAAAGGGUGAUCGGUUAAAUAGCGAAGAACGUGCACACUUUUUAACUUAAAACGUUGAGAGAAAAGCAUUUAAGUUCCCUGUGAAGAGUAGAUGCUACUGUAUUUUAACCAGCCCAAACCUGCUCUUAAUUCUUAAUUGUGAGUUGAGUAAAACAUUCAUAGCUCACAAUUCUUGCAGGUUUGAGGCCAUAUUAGAUGUUUUGUUAUGUGUUAGAUGAAUUUGCCUUCUGAGGCUAUACUUAUAAACGGCCAUUUUUAUGUAAGUGUUCAUAACGGAGCUUUACAGUCUACAGUUUCAGUCUGUGUUUUUGUUUAGUGGGUUUUGAGGAAAACUCCAUUUACCUUUUGAAAGAUUGGACCAAAUUGAGCACAGCUUUGCAUAUAAUUUAAGUACCGUAAAGUCAGGACACCUCUGAAGCACACCAAUUUUGGUAUGUGUAUAAAUACCCCUGACUUAGCGAAGAUAAGUGAUGCUAAAACACCACUCGACCACAGUUUUAUAGUGCUUUCAGCCAGAGAUUGAGCUCCAUGGAUGAUGAAUUUUGAUGGCCAAAUCAAGGACGUUGAAGCCUGAGCCUAACAUUUAUAAUUUAACUUAAGAAACACCACAGCGCUUCUUUUUAUUUGCAUUUGUCCAGAUGUAACCCAUUGAAAGCUGCCGUGUUUCCUUAAUGUCAGUAACAGAUUAAAUUUCAUAUGUUAAGACUGGA